AUGUCGCUAGAAACGCACCUAUACGACGUUCUAGGCGUGCCUACGAUAGCCACCACGGAGGAGAUAUCAAGAGCAUACAAACGGCUAGCUCUUAAGUGCCAUCCCGAUAAAACCAACCACAAUCCACAGCUAACUGAACAAUUCAAAGAGUCUACGAGAGCUUACGAGAUUCUCAGAGAUGCCAAAAAGAGAGGAAUAUACGACCAGUACGGCGAGGCAGGGUUAGAUGGCACGUACCAACCUCCAGCGACUGCUACAAAUGUAGCUACGGGUAGUGGCAGAUCUUCCUUUUUCAGCCAGAGACCAUGCCAAAGAUUCGCUUCGGCGACAGAUAUUUUUUCUCAGGUAUUCAACGACAUCAACAGCAUCUUCUCGGGUGAGACCGUGUUUGAGUUUGCGCCUGGGUUCAUGAAUGUUGGUGGAGCACAGGCUCCAGGUGCGGCACAUAGUGCUAACAUGAUGAAGAAUGUUCAGCCAGCUGGUUCUGCAGCCAGGGCUCCGGUUCAAGGUGAGAACAUCCACCACACUUGUAAUGUGACGCUUGGGGACUUAUAUUUCGGUAAGACGAUCAAACUUCAGCUUCCUAAGAACAGCAAGUGCCGUAGCUGUGAUGGGUAUGGUGGAUUAAGGCCGAAGACCUGUAGAACAUGUCGAGGUUCGGGCCAAGUAGUAGUCACAUACUACAACGAGUUUUCCCAAUACCAACAGACUGGGUCCUGUAGAAACUGUAGCGGCACCGGGACCUAUAUAGCUCCAUUUGACAAGUGUAACGACUGCACUCUAGGAUACUUAAGAGAGAAAAAGAUUCUUGAGAUCAGCGUUUUGCCAGGAACUAAAAACGGCGACAAAAUCGUUCUACGCGGCGAAGGUGACGAAGGCAGAAACUUGAUUCCAGGUGACGUUAUAAUCCAUAUUAAUCAGACAUCACAUCCUUUCUUGGUGCGAAAGUAUAAUGAUUUGUAUAUGGAACACGAGAUAGACUUGAGAACGGCGUUGUUGGGUGGAGAAGUUCUUAUUCCGGACUUCUUAAGAACCAACCAUACCCUCAAGAUUUUGAUCAACGUCCAUGGCUUCAGAGAUUUGAACCAAUCUAUAGACGAAGACCUUCAGUUGGGUGAAGUCGUGGGAACGGUGAAUCCAGACGAACCCAAAAUAGUCAAGGGGUUGGGAAUGCCCAUUAACAACUUGCUCAGUUGCGGACAAUUAGUUCAAAACAGCAAUUUGCCAGCGGAAGCAUCUGAUUUCAGAAAGUAUAAAAAAGGCAAUUUAUUCAUUAACUUCAAAGUCAAGUUACCAUCUGUUCAAGAUUUUCUUAAUGGAGAACAGGAUUUGACUCUUCUCAGUAAGGUAUUACCCUCCACCAAGCCAACGGCCAACAUAGCUAGCACUAUUUUUGAAGAGACACAUUUGGCCAAUAUUCCGGGU